UGAAAGUAAAGAUCCAAAGUGAUACCUUGAGACAAGGACAAGCUCAACCAAAGAAAGCUAAAGCUUCGAGCUCAAAAAAAUCUGCGGCGUUUGGGCCCCCCGACUCAAUUGCCCAAGGACAACAAUAUUCGAUCACCGUACUAGGACAAUCACCAGCUCGGCCCGACUCUACAGCAGUGCCGCCGCCGCCGCUGCUGCAUACAAUGGCGCCCAGGCUGCCGUCCCGGUGCUGGUCGGCCUGCCACCUCCAGCAGCGGACAUCCCAAUUUCUCCUCCCACAUCUCGACACUGCCGCCCUGAGGAGACCAACGAUCAGCCCCUCCGCCGGCCCUUCAUCAUCAUCCUCACACCUCCUGCUGCCCCGAACGACGACCCGCGGUGUCAAGUAUGGCUGGAGCAACACCCUCCCGAAGCGCGGCUCCAAGGCGACGCGGUUCAACCAGGUGACGGCUGGCCUGCCCGCACCCACUGCCGGCCCUGCCGCCGCCCUCAAGCGCAAGGAGAACACCACCCCAGUGCGCGCCGGCGUCGUUGCCAUCAAGAAGGGCAUGACGGCCCUCUUCAGCCGCCGCGGCACCCGCAUCCCCUGCACCGUCCUGCAGCUGGACUCGGUCCAGGUCCUGCUAAACAAGACCCGCGAGAACGCCGGCUACUUUGCCGUCCAGGUUGGUGCCGUCCCCAAGCGGCCCUCCACCGCCCUCGCCCCCCAGCUGGGCUACUUUGAGGCCAAGGGCGUCGAGCCCAAGCAGCACGUCGCCGAGUUCCGCGUUCGCAACGAGCAGGGUCUGCUGCCCGUCGGUGUGCAGCUCCAGCCGGACUGGUUCCACGUCGGACAGUGGGUCGACGUGCGAGGCACCAGUCGCGGUAUGGGUUUCGAGGGUGGCAUGAAGAGGCACGGCUUCAGCGGUCAGAACAAGUCGCACGGUAACUCGCUCAACCACCGUACGGGCGGUUCCGUCGGUCCCUCGCAGGGUAGUGGUUCCAGGGUCCACCCGGGCAAGAAGAUGCCCGGGCGCAUGGGAGGUCAGUCGGCGACGGCCCAGAACCUGUCGGUGCUCAAGGUUGACAACGACCUGGGCAUCGUCGUCGUCAAGGGCGCCGUCGCGGGCCCCAAGGGCGGCAUGGUCAAGAUCCAGGAUGCCGUCCUGAAGCCGCCACCACCCGAGAAGUGGAUCAGGGAGUCCCUCGAGACGCUGAUGAAGCGCCACCCCAACCACGACGGCUUCUUGGAGGCUGCCAGGGCCAGGCAUCUGGAGCUCAAGGAGGCUAGGCGGACUCACUCCGUUAGGAAAAUGGUGUCGCCAGACCAGCCGAGGAGGAAUCGUCUCAAGCCUGAUCCUGCCGUUUGGGGAGAGUUGGCGCAGCUGUGAGAAGAGGAGUGAGUUGUUGUUAAAAGUCCGAUUACGUAUGGUCAUGCAUAGGCCAUGGCGGACCAUGUAUUGUAAUAUUGUACAGAUAUAUGCAAUAUUCUUUUUGUUGUACAAAUGCAAAUUCUCAGACGUAUCCGGAAAUAUG